UGGUGACACAAAGUGGUGAAGUUUGAGAAGUAAAGUUUUGAAGUUAUAAAAUGUUGUAUCUGAUUGUAUUUAUGCUAAUACCCGAUUGAGUUACAUAUUAGUUAAUGUACGAUACAGAGUGUUCUGUGCUUGGUGUGGUAUAAUGGUGUGAAUGAAGUAACAGUGAAAGAAAAAAACUACAUGAUGCUGCCUACAAAUGUUAUGUCGUUUAUGAAGAAGAUGGUGGCGACGGAGGACACGACAAAUACUGUACCCGGUCAUAUCGAGACGCCCGGUACUUUCGGCAAACUGAGGCAGACUCUUUCGUCAUCUUUACUCACAGCACAAGACAAAGUAACAAAGCUGGGCCCGAGGCCGGUGGUAGUGGAAGCCGAGCCUCCCCCGGCCGCCCCGCCUGCGCAGCCGCCGCCGCCGCAACCAGCUAAAACAGAACGUGAGGCAGGCAAGGCACCGUCCCGCGCGGGCGCGUGCCGCGUGUGUCUCAAGGCCCUGAAGCCGGGUGAGGUGUUUCACACGUGCAACGGCUGUCAGCACCGCGUUUGCGAGGAUUGCUCCUCCUACUCCAAGCCGGCUGGCGAUGACGAGGCGAGUUCAUGGCGGUGCUCGGUGUGCCGGCGCAAGGCGGGACCGCGAGUGCCCCCGGCGGCGCAAGACAGUACGGACUCGCUGCUGGACGUACCGGUACUGGAGGCGCUACAGCGGCGCCACUCGGAGGCAAGACUGGGCGGCGGCGGCGCCUCCACCGGCCUUGCACCACCGCGUUCCCCCGAGUUGCGCAGACACUCCGAUGUCUCACCGGCGUCAUUAAAAGAAUUAGAGAAGGUAAUGUUUACGCUUCAAAAAGGUGUAAGUAGAUCAUUUGAGGCUUCUCACUCAAGAGAGUUAACGCAGUUUGUAACGACGCUGCCGCUGCGGCAGUUAAAGGGCGGCGGCGGAGGCGGGGGCAGUGUGACGCCGGACGUGGAGUCGCGGCGAGCCAGCACGGUGUCGCCCGCGCGCCGCCGCUCCGUGCGCGCACCGCGUCAGCGCUCCUGCGACGAGGACCAGCCACAGCCUGGGCACCACGCGCCCGCGCUCUCCGCGCCCCCACCCAUGUCACGCAGAGCAUCUGCCGUGGACGUGGUGGGCGGCGCGGGAGGGCGGCGCAGCUCUUACCGCGUGGAGGAGCCCUCCGACACCACACCGCAGAUCACCGGUCUCAGCGUCGAUGAAGACCGCCCCAUCCGAAGACGUGGCAGUCAAUUGCCCGAUAUUGCGGCCCUGCAGCAACGUACCGGAGCACUAAGUGCGAUGGCAGCGCUAGCGUCGCGUGGUGUGGACGCCGAGCCCACGCCCUCCGCAGCGGCGGUAGCGGCUGCUGCAGCUGCUGCGGCAGCCAGGCAGAUGUCCGUGGACGCAGAGGCUAUCAAGAUCGUCAUACAUGACGUCGAUGACCGCACGCCUCGACGGGUCACGCUGCGUCGCGACCCCAAUGAUAAAGGACACCGUUCUCGAGGUUUCGGCAUGCGCGUUGUGGGCGGGAAACCGGACGCGAGCGGGCGGCGCGAGGCCGUCAUCGUGUGGACCGUACCUGGUGGGCCCGCGGACCUGGCCGGCUUGCAGCAGGGAGAUAAGGUACUGGAAUGGUGCGGUGUACCGCUGACGGAGAGGAGCUUCGAAGAGGUGUGCGCGGUGCUGGAACGCGGCGGCGACACCGUGGAGCUGCUGGUAGAGCCCGCGCCGCAGCUGGACGACCCGCCAGCUCCCGUGCAGCACCACGCUUCGCACCAUCACCAUGCACUAUACGCUCCACAAGCUUCGACACUUUCAACUUCUACUCCUUCUUCUUCACGACCUUCGUAUUUACGAACCCGAAACAGACAAAACACCAUCGUCGCCAACCCGACGGAAAUUGCCGAAAACCCCGGUAUAAUACCUAUAGGCUUUAAUUGUAAUAAGUGUUGUGAAUCCCUAGAGCAGGAGCGCAGUGAGCGCGCGCGGGAGCGGGAGCGGGAGCGGCCGGCGCCUCGCGCGCAGCUGCAGGUCUGGUUCGAGGCAGAACUGCGUAAGCUGGUUGUGGUACUAAUCGCGGCCGACGACCUGCCGCCGCGCGACCACACGCUCGGCUACGGAGACGAGCCGGAGGCCUUCGCGAGGAUACGUCUCUUACCGUCAUUGGAGAGCUGCCCGCCGGUGGAGACGGACCCGGCAUCGGCGUCGUGCAGCCCCGUGUGGAACGCCACGCUGGGCUUCGGCGGCCUCAGUGCGGACCUGCUGGCAGGCCGCGCACUAGAGCUCACUCUAUGGGACGCCUGCCCCGGCAUCGACCCUGUCCUUAUCGGAGAAUGCACCAUGGAGCUAGAGAAAGCGUUCGCGGAGGAGCGCGCAGUGUGGUGGACGUUGGAAGAACGCGGCAUCAGGUCGGCCAGCACCUCACCGCGCGGCUCUCUUGCCGGUGCGCGCGCCCUGCGCCGCGGGGACUUCGCCUCGCAGCGAUCUGUAUCAGAUGACGUGGACUCCAUCGGGGAGUGCGCGUCGCUGUUGCACCCGGACCACGCGUGGGUAGCGGGCUCGCGGCGCGGCUCUUCGCAGUCGGAGACGCUCGAGGUGGAGGUGUACCAGCUCGGAAAGGACUUCUCGCGCUCGUUGCCCGGUUCUAGGCGCUCCUCCUUUCAGCAACAGGAUAAAGGUGCAGAUGGCGCUGUGGCGCCGACUGGGUCGCGGCGCAGUGAGCGGCGGCGUUCGUCAUGCGUGCGGCGCGACCCCGACGACAUCCUGCGGUCGCUGCGUGCGGUCAAGGGCGAGCUCGGCCGCACGCUCUCGCUCUCGGGAUCCACCGCCAGGCGUAAGUCUCGUUUCAUCUUCAACCACCACCCGCACUUGCUCCCCCUGAUGACCCACGACUCCACCGCAAAGCGUAAGUCUCGCUUUCAUCCAAAAGCGGCGUGUGCAGUACGGGUGGUGUUGGCGGCAGGCACGGCGACGGGGCGCAAGGGCAGCAUGUGGGCGGCGGUGCCCGCGGCGGCCGAGGCGGCGGCGGCCGAACUCGGGGACGACGAAGAGGGCGUGCCACUGGGGCCAGGCCAACUGCCGCCUCGCGGUUCCCACUUACCGCCGCUGCACGCCGAGAUCAACAUCAGCAUUAUCAUGAUCAAAGGCCAACUCGAACUCGAGGUCUCACACGCCCGUCGAGUGUACGGCGUGAACGGCGAGGUGCCAGACUCGUACGUCAAGUGCUACCUGCGCGACGGCGACAAGUGGCUGCACAAGCGCAAGACACGCGUCAUCCGCCGCACCACCGAGCCGCACUUCAAGCAGACGCUCAAAUAUCAGGCGAGCGACGCACUCGGACGUACGCUGGUGGUAAUGCUGUGGCAACGCUGCGGCGGCUUCGAACACAACCUGGCACUAGGCGGCGCCGAGAUUUGCCUCGACAAGCUGAGCCUGCCGCAGCGCACUUACGGCUGGUAUCCGCUCUUCCCCGCCACCUCGCUCGCCGCCGACGAGUCGCCCGACUGAUCCCGCGAGCCGUCGCCGGAGCGACGACACCUGGCCGACUAGCCGACUAGCUGACAAACUAGUCGACUAUCGCACAGGCUGACGAACUAACUAGCUGAUUAGCUAUGUAGAGUGCUCCCGACGGCCGCCUCUCCGAUCGCGUCUUAACUCGCAUCGUGUCGCGAACCAUGCUGCCCAAUGCAUCGACGAAAUCCCAAAACGCUUGUUGUGAGAACAAUAUUCAAUGGACAUUUAUAUUAUAUUCGUAUUUAUAAAUUAUGUGUAUUAGUUUACAUAAAUGUUACAUUAAAAUCAAAGCGUUCGUGUAUUAUAACGGAGCUUAUAGAUUGCUUUUGUUGUCCAACUUUAGUCGCGACAUCGAAACUGCUAAACGUGUAUAUUUACAAAACUAGUGAAACUUGUAUGCAUAUAGAUUUAUAAUUAAUUUUUGUUUUACUUGAAAUCCAAAAUUGUAUUGAUAUCAAAAUUAACUUGAUUAAUAUUCAAACGAAAAA